AUGCAGGGCCUUACAAGAUCUACGAACGUUGUUUCUACGUUUUCUGAACUUCGAACACAAUUAUUCGCAGGACCAUCUAGUCUAAACACGCAAAUACGAUUCGCAUCGAAAGCAGCAGGUGGUAAAUCAAGAAACGGAAGAGAUUCUUCCGGUAAAAGAUUAGGUGUAAAGAGAUUCGGUGACCAAUAUGUCACACCAGGAUCGAUAAUAAUCCGACAGCGUGGACAAACAUUCUUACCUGGACAACAAGUAUCUCAAGGAAAAGAUUUCACUUUAUACGCAUUACAACCUGGAUAUGUUAAAUUUUAUCAACAUCAUUUACCUUAUCCACAUUUAUCAAGACCUGAUCAACCUGGACCCGAUCCAAGUAAGAUUGCUCCGGUUAAAAAACCAAGACAGAUGAGUCAGUUCGUAGGUAUCGUUUCAAAGAGAGAAGAGAAAUUACCAAGGGAUGAAGUUUCCAGAGGUAGAGAAAGAAGGUUUUGGGGUUGGCCAAAAGAAAUUAGUAACAUAAAAGAGGAAAUGAAAGCUGAGAAUAUAUAG